CGUUGGGGAUCAGAAGGGAAAGUCACGUGCGCAAUGAGGGGGAAGAAGAGCGUGUGUGUCUAAUAGGUUAUUAUGUGAGAAGAGAAUGGGAGAGUUGGGAGAGUUGGAGCUGGAGCUCCUCCAGGGAAACCAGGAGAAACAUAUCUCUCUGUUAAAGAACUUUGUGGCGGGAGGAGCGGGAGGAGCUUGCCUUCUGUUCGUGGGACACCCGCUCGACACAAUCAAGGUGCGGCUACAGACCCAGCCCAGAGUGCCCAGCCAGGAUGUCCUCUACAAAGGUGCUUAUGACUGCUUCCGAAAGACUGUCUCCAAAGAGGGACUUCUUGGGCUGUACAAGGGGAUGGGGGCCCCCCUAGCCAGCGUAGCUCCUAUGAUGGCCAUUAGUUUCUUUGGGUUCGGACUGGGAAAACAGCUGUUGCAACCAGACUCCACUAAGACACUGAUGCCUACCCAACUGUUUCUCUCAGGCUGUCUAGCAGGUGUUUUCACUACAGUGAUAGUGUGUCCUGGAGAAAGGGUCAAGUGUUUACUUCAGGUGCAGGCCAGCGGGGGGCAGCAGGCAGUACGGUACGCAGGUCCUCUGGACUGUGCUCUCAAGUUGUAUAAAACACAAGGCAUCCGCUCCAUCUACAAAGGAACAACACUCACACUCAUCAGAGACGUGCCUUCUAAUGGUGCCUACUUCAUGGCUUAUGACUUCCUGAAACACAAAAUGACAGCUGAGGGUGAAAGUGUGUCCCAGCUCAGCACUCCAAAGAUCCUCCUUUGCGGUGGCAUAGCGGGCAUCUGUAACUGGAUUGUGGGACUUCCACCCGACGUACUCAAGACCAACUUCCAGACAGCUCCAGACGGGCGCUACAGGGGAACAGGUCUGCUAGAUGUACUGCGGGAGCUGCUUCGUGACGAGGGGCCCAGAGCACUCUAUAAAGGAUCCAACGCCGUGUUCCUCAGAGCCUUCCCUGCCAACGCGGCCUGUUUUCUAGGGUAUGAAUUGGCGUUAGAGUGUCUAAAUUGGCUGGCUCCCACCUGGUGAAGACUCCUUCUAUGACCUGUCAUUAAGAGGUUGUAACCUGCAUUGACCUGUCGCUGUCUUCAGACUGGACUCUUCUCUUGACCUCAGUUUCAUGCUUCCCAAAUGGCACACUAUUCCCUAUAUAGUGCACUACUUUUGCCUAGGGCCUGUAGGUAAUAGGGCUCUGGUCAGUUUUGCACUAUAUAGGGAAAGUAGUGCACUAUAUAGGGAAUAGGGUGAUGGUUUGUGUUGUUGUAUUUAACCUUUAUUUAACUAGUCAUGGUUUUUCAUGACAACAACAAUGUGAAUUCUUGUCCUCCUUGUUGUUAAUGUGGUUCUAAAAAAUAUAUUCACUGAUGUUUCAGUUUGACAUCUUGUCCUGUUUCAGUCUGACAUCUUGUCCUGUUUCAGUCUGACAUCUUGUCCUGUUUCAGUCUGACAUCUUGUCCUGUGAUUCACGUCUUGUUGAAGAGAAGUUUAAACGCACAGUGAAAUAAUGACAAUCAUGAUAUUUAUUUAAGGGGAUGAUUUUGACAUAUUUCUGUGAACCUAAGGUCUAAAAGGCACCUGAUAAAAGUGCACUAUAUUUAUAUUCAUUAUUCAUUGUUAAUAGUAACAAUAAAGACGUGUUUGAAUGUUGAAGAUUUAAAACAAUUUUUUUAAAUGCCUUCAUUUGUUUAUUGACCAAUUUAGGGGUUUUGAUGUACAUUUUAAAUGUGAUAUAAUUUGAUUAAUUUUGACAAUUAAUCAAAUCCAUUUAUGAGCAAUCCAGAUUUAUCUCAGAACAGGUUUUAUACAUUUGUUUGAAUAAAGUGUAAUUUGACAAAUAUGACAUUGCUGUGUCUAUUAAUGCAUAGCUUAUGGGUAAUUCAGGCCCUAAAUUACCAUUGGACACUAAUCUAAGGUUUUGAGCAUAGAGAGGUGUAUUCUAGAUUCUUUUUCUACCUUUAUGGUAUGCUAGGAGUAGACCACAGCUAUUUUCUAGAUUGUAUUUCUACCUUUAUGUUCUAGUAUUCAAGAAGUUUAUUCUGUCUUUUUGCUGGAGGCAUAGUUGCGGGGAGAUCUUUGGGGCAGGAGGUGCUGCGAUUUGUUUCACAGACAGACGGCUACAUCAGUCUGCUACAUAAGUCUGCUACAUCAGUCUGCUAAUACAGGACUAAUA